CCACGCAAAAGCCUCAACGAACCAACCAGAUACCCCAAGAAGAGGCAGACGCAGAGCAAUGCCGCGCCGCGGUCGUCCGAAGAAGGGCGACCGCCGGAUCGACGCCGCAAUCGACCACUUCGCCGCCAUGGGCUUCCCCGCGCGUGACGUCCGCAAGGCCAUCGCUCAACUCCUUGAGGCGUACGGCGGCCCUGAUGCCUGGCCCUUCCUGGAGGAAGGCUGCUACUACGUUGUGCAAGAGAAGCUUAUCGAGAAGCAGGAGCAGGAGAAGCUGCUGCUGCCGGAGCACAACCACCAGGAUGAGGAGGAGGAGCCUCCUCAGCACCUGGAACCAGCAGUGAACGAGGCACCGCCAGAAAACAACUUGUCAAUCUUAGAGGUACAUAAUGAGGUACCAGCUGAGUCUGAGUCACCAGAUGAGGAAGUGGAGGACCCUAUCUUCACUGAACCACCCGCUCUGGAUGCUGUAGUGCCACUUCCCCUUCCUGCAGCUACAGGAACUGGUGGCACAAGGCGCCCGUGUCAUGGAUGGCUCAGUGAGUCAGAAGAUGAGGAAGAAAUUACUGGUCAACAACAUGUGCAUGUUCUGAGUCUAGGAGGAGGCUUGCUUCGGAAGAGGAAGUGGCCCGAAUAGAUGGGUAUGCCCAUCCUAUUAACUGGUGGCUGAUAUCAACCUGACAAGGUCAAUGAUGCUCUGCUACGAUUCAGGAAUCAUAAUAUUGGCUUUAGGUAUCCUGACGAACUGACUUACUGAAGCCUUUUACAUGAGGGUAGCAAUUUAGUUGAAGUAUGAAAAUAAAAUUGAGAACUGCUAUUUGCAUGAGGAAUGUAAGCGGAGCAUGUACCGCUAUUUACUUCGAUUGUAGUAACACAUUUGUAGCAACUGAGAUGAUGUUCAUUUAGGCUUUGAAAUGUUAGGGAGUUUAUGCAUCUUUGAAAAAUAACAGUUUACGCGAUAGAAGUAUCUAUUUGAGUGCUGA